ACCACAUUGCGCAACAGAAAGCAAGUGUGCCCUCCGCCUCCUCCUCGCACACGUUUUUUGACCAGACCAGCCAUUCAUUCAUCCAGCACUUGCUGAAACGGCUACAUUCAUCCCCCCGCACCGUAUCCCGGAGAGCAGCGAUGUUUUCCUGCAGAGCGGCUUGGCAGAGGUGUGGGCCUCUGGCGCGGAGAGCAGCCUACAGGUUGCCCCGGGAUGUUGUGCAACGGCGACCGAUGUCAUCCGUUCCUGGUGGGUCUGGAGAGAACAUACUCUACACCCUGCUGUGUGGUGGAGCCUUUGUUGGCGCUGUGUCAUACGCAUACAGCACUGUGAGCACAGACGGCGCCAGGUUCGACGACCGCAUUGCAGAACUCAAUGCCAGACCCAAGGUCGAGUGGGUACCUAAGCCAUGGCCCCCUAAGAGCCGGGACGAAGAAGAGGCUGGAGAGGAGGAGGAGGAGGGGGAAGUGGCAGCUGAGGAGGCCGGCGGAGAGGCUGAGGUCUGCGAAGAGGAGGCGGCCGCUGAUGGCGAGGCAAAGACCGUAGCCGAGGCGGUUUCCGAGGCCGUCGCCGAGGCGGCGGAGGAGGUCGCCGAGGUGGCGGAGGAGGUCGCCGAGGCGGCGCAGGAAGUGGAGACGGUUGCGGAAGAAGUGGCUCACAUAGCCGAAGCGGUCCAGGCUGCCGCAGAGCCAGACGCCAUCCCCGCCGAGGAGCCCGACAGCAACGGUACGACUUCUUCACCUGAGGUGGUGGUGGAGGAGGAGGCAGCUGCCUCUGAGGCCUGAAGAUCCACACAGUCAUUAUAGGGAAACAUACACACACACACACACACACACACACGCACUACCAGACAUAACCUCGACUAUCUCUAAACCACUUUCAAUUAAGAGCCACUGAGAACAGUAACACUGGUAGCUCACUGUCUAGAACCCCUAGAGGGUAGUUGCUUCUCCUUGGGUGCCUGGGUUCACCUCUUGUUCAUCAUCCUCUAUUAAUUUCCUAAAGCUGUAUAUUAUUUUCUCUCAUAUUUAUUGGAGUGGGUAUCGGGCGCAGCAUUGUGCAAUUGAAGCGUUUCUUCUCGUAAGAUUUCUGUUGGUGUGCAGCGUAGAUCACCGUGUGCGAUGUCUAUAUUUGUUCAGAUUAUAACGGAGCCCUCUACUCAGCAGGCUCCUCUUGGUGUACAGCUGCACACCACAGGGAAACAUUUCCAAAGUGGCAAAGAGGUCUUUGUGACUCUUAUGCAGUUAUGGGUGAAAUAAAUGUGAUCACUGUGAACACAGAAUCGGCAGGAACAGCCCUCAAAUACUGUUAUAUUAUUGGUAUAUUUUUGUUACGAAGGGCCUAAUGCUAUUUCACGAGAUUUGACCAAACACUGUAUUUCAUUGAAAAUCUCUGCAUUGUUGUACUUCCUCGCCACGUGUCAAAGAGCAGUUGUGUAUACCAGACAGCAAAAGGAGAUGGCUCUGUACAAAGUGUAACUGCUGCAGUGUGCUCUUUUUAUCUUCAGUGUAAUGUGAAACUAGUCACCGAGUGAUUUAACCCAUAUGUGAUCAUUAUUUUAUUUGACUUAUAACUGGCUAAUGAGCACUGUGAACAUUUUAGGGUAACUCAUCAAGCCACACACAAUAAAACCUUUAUCAAAGCGGAAA